GGGAGCGGUUCCAGCGCCAACUCCCAUGAUGCAGUAUCAGUUUCCGCCAGGUCAGCCUCCAAAUCCGGCUUUGAGAACGUACGCUCCUAUGCCAAAUGGUUAUGGUGUCAUUUCUGGAGCUGUUCCUCAAGGGACCAUGCCACCACCUGUGUCUUGAUUGAAUUCGGUGAGAGAAAGGUUGGAAGGCUUCAUAUUGCUUAAGAGAGUAUCACCUUCUACAACUCCUGUUUUGCAGCAGACCAUGUUAGCAACUGAGUGCUCCUUGGCUUGUAUUCUAAGGUAUCACAAUUCUUCCAAUCAAAGUCUAUCUUUCUUCCCCCCCUCUUUCUUGUAUUUCUUUAUUUUGUUUUCAUGCUGUGCGUUUGACCACUAAUGGUUGAAAUAAAUUAAAAAUGGCAAACGUAAACUAGUCUAGUUUGUAUUGUUAAAUCCUUUAAAGCAUGAGAUGUUCCAAAUCUCAUGUUGCUCAAUGUCAAAAUUCUGCAAUCGGUGCAUGGGAUUGUUUGAAAAGGCUACUAUUUUGCAAGUGGAUGCAUGAGGUAAGCCCACUUCACAUAUCUAUGUUUAUGAACUCUAUCCCUUUUCUUUUUUUAUUACUGUUCCCUCAGGUUAUCUGUUCAGCUGGUGUGCUUGAUGCGUAUGGUGCCAUCUCUAAUUUGCUUUUGUUGUGUGGUAACAGCAUUUAAUUUUUUUUUUUAUUGUCUGAAUUCUUCUUCGCAUAUGCAUGCUGGUGGGGACAACAGUUAUUUCUGUAUUUAGUUUGUGGACCUGUUUUGACAUGUCUGCAAAGAUUUUGUUUUUUGUUUUUGCAGGAAUUCAACGAUAUCCCUCUCCAUAUCCAGCUAUGGUUCGGCCCAUGUUUCCUCCUCGUCCACCUGGAGCAAUUGGUGUGCUUCCAGCAGCAUCCCGCCCUCUUGUUCCAGGAAUUCCAGGUGUUCGUCCAAUUAUUCCCCCCAUCAUUAGGCCAGCUGUUCCUUCUAUCACACCGGCAGAGAAACCACAAACCACUGUUUACGUUGGCAAGAUAGAACCUACUGUGGAGAAUGAUUUUAUGCUUUCUGUUCUUCGGUUCUGUGGACCUGUCAAGAGUUGGAAACGUGCUCAAGACCCCAGUGAUGGAACUCCAAAACGCUUUGGGUUUUGUGAAUUUGAAUCUGCUGAAGGAGUUCUCCGUGCAUUACGUCUCCUGAGUAAAUUUAAUAUUGAUGGGCAAGAACUGGUGCUAAAUGUAAAUCAAGCAACAAGAGAAUAUUUGGAGCGGUAUGUUGAAAAGAAAACUGAAAACUCCAAGAAUCUCAAAGAAAAUCAAGCUGGAAGGAUUGACAAGGAGGAUGGAACAGCCCUAGGUGUUGAAAAGAAUGAACCUUCAAAAUCCACUGAGGAGGACUCUAACAUUGACAAGGAGAAGGGGAACAAAGAAAGUCAUGAUCUUGCCAACUUUGGGAUUGUAACUGAUGAAGACAAGGAAGCUGACAAAGAAGCUUUGGAGAAACUUACUAGCAUGAUAGAAGAAAGGUUGAAAACCAAACCUUUGCCUCCACCACCUCCACAAACACCUGGGAAUACGAACUCAGAACUGCCAGCUAAGUCAAGGGAUGGGGACUCUGAUGCAGAUAUAGCGAGACAAGACACAGCUGAAGAUAAAAUUGAUGAUGAGACAACAAGUGACAAUAAAGCAGCAAGUGAACAGGAUAGACCUGAAACAAGCUCACCUGAUAGGAGUAGAAAGUAUGACAGGAGAAGUAGAGACCGAGACCGAGAUCUAAAACGGGAAAAGGAACGAGAAAUUGAAAGAUAUGAAAGGGAAGCAGAGCGAGAGCGAAUUAGGAAGGAGAGGGAGCAGAGAAGGAAGAUUGAGGAGGCAGAGCGUGAGUUUGAGGAGCGGCUGAAAGAUUGGGAAUAUAGGGAGAGAGAGAAAGAGAAACAGCGGCAGUAUGAGAAGGAGAAGGAGAAAGAAAGAGAACGCAAAAGGAGGAAGGAGAUUCUUUAUGAUGAAGAGGGUGAUGAUGAUGAUUCAAGAAAAAGGUGGCACAGGAGUAUCUUAGAAGACAGGAGAAGAAAGAGACUACGGGAGAAGGAGGAAGACCUGGCUGACAGACUCAAAGAAGAGGAGGAAAUUGCUCAGGCUAAGAGCAGGGCUGAGGAGGAAAGAUUACAGCCGCAAGAGAGAGAUGCUUUAAAGCUUUCAUCUGAUCUUGUCAUGAACGGAAGUGAAAAGAAAAUUCUGGCUGAAGAAGCCAUCACUGAAAGCAAAGAUAAGGUUGUUGAACAGGAUAAUGAGGGAGAUUCUGGUAAUGAAAACCGCACAGAUGAUGGGGUUUUACAAAAUGGUACUAUUGAUGAAUCAACCAUGACAUCAAUGACUGAAUCGGAUUUACGGCGAAGUGGUAAUGUGCCUACAAGAAAGUUGGGUUUUGGUUUAGUUGGGUCUGGCAAACGAGCUACCGUUCCUUCAGUUUUCCAUGAAGAAGAUGAUGAUGAUGCACACAAGGAGAAAAAGAUGAGGCCUCUGGUUCCUAUUGAUUAUUCAACAGAGGAGUUGCAGGCAGUUCAACCUACUGUUACAGGAGCACAACCACCAAAUCUUGCUGCUGCUGCAGAAUUUGCAAAACGUAUAUCUAAUGUGACUUCCAAAGAAGAGAAGCCUGAUGUGGAAAGAGAAAGAAGUAGACGUUCUCAUGACAGGUCAAGUCAGCGAGAGAGAGACAGGAAUGAUGAAGAUAUUAAUCGUAUGAAAGAUGAGAAGGAUAAGAUUCUUGAACAGGACAGGAACCGGGAACAUGGGUUGGACAAAGUGAAAACACCAGACAAGCAGAAACUUUUGGAUGCAAAGCAGUUGAUUGAUAUGAUCCCAAAGACCAAGGAUGAGCUAUUCUCAUAUGAGAUAAAUUGGGCUGUGUAUGACAAACAUGAGCUUCAUGAGAGAAUGAGACCAUGGAUUUCAAAGAAGAUUACAGAGUUUUUGGGAGAGGAAGAAACCACACUGGUAGAUUACAUUGUAUCAAGUACUCAAGAACAUGUUAAGGCAUCCCAAAUGCUGGAUAUGCUUCAGUCUAUAUUGGAUGAUGAAGCUGAAAUGUUUGUGCUCAAGAUGUGGAGGAUGCUUAUCUUUGAAAUUAAGAAGGUGGAAACGGGUCUUGCUUUGAGGUCAAAAACAUAAAACUAGUUACUCAUUUGUUCCUGGAGUGCUGUGAGAUGGACAUUCUGGUUUCCGAGUAUUGUAGAACAAAGCACAGAUUGCAAUCAAGGUACAUUUUGCAAUUUGAACAGCUUCAGAAUAUAAUUUCUCAUCUUCAAGAAAUGAAUAUAUUCUUGCACUAAUUGCCCUUUUGAGUUUGUGGUUUGUAGCAAAAUUUUUUUUUUUUUUUGGUUUGUCAUUUGAUGGUCCUCUAUUAUGUGGGAUCAAAGACUUUCUUUCCAUGAAUUUGAAGGGAAAUAUAAUCGACAAUCUACUGGAAGAAUGGUUACUUUCGGACUACUUCUAAUUCAAUGAUCUCAGAAAUUUUGUAUUCCCUCUUUGAUCUUUUGUUAUCUCAUUUUAAUAGCUGAAAAGAUGUGCCAAGACAUUUGAUAGAUAUUUAGUUUGUAUUAUUGUUAUUAUUAUUAAAUCUACUUUUAAUGCACUA